UUGAAUUGCUCUGAGCAACUCUCAUUAGCCAGCAGCAGUUGAACCAGUGAAGAUAGUAAUCCUCUUUGGAAGUUUGUUGAGCCCGAAGAGAUUCAAUUUCAAAGGACAAAGAUGGACCGCUGGGCAGGAAAAGUCGCUGUUAUCACUGGAGCAUCCUCUGGAAUCGGAUUAGCAACGGCUAAAGCACUUAUUCAAAAUGGAAUGGUCGUUGUGGGUCUAGCUAGAAGGAAGGAUAAAAUGGAGAACGAAAUGAAGAAUGUUCCGAGGGCUAAGGGGAAGUUCCAUGCGGUGAAGUGCGACGUGGCUAACGAUAAUGAUGUCGCAGAGGCUUUUAAUUGGAUCAAAGAGAAUAUUGGAAAGGUCCAGGUUCUAAUUAACAACGCGGGCAUCGCCAGGGGUGGAAAGUUCACCGAAGUAGAAAAUACGGUUUUGGAGAAUAUUAUUGAUGUCAAUCUUAUGGGGACGGUCUACUGCACCAAAGAGAUCCUCAAAGUACUGCAAGCUGAUAAUCUCCCUGGGCAUAUCAUCAACAUCAACAGUAUUGUUGGGCACAGAGUCGUAAAGCCGCAGAACAAUGACAUGAACAUCUACAUUGCCAGUAAACACGCAAUCACAGGAUACACCGAGACUCUCAUGAGGGAAUUAUUGGGCCAGAAUAUUCGAGUAACCAGUUUAAGCCCUGGACUGGUGAAAACGGAAAUAGUGGGAGCAGUGAGCUCAACACUUGCCGAACUUCCGAUUUUGGAAGCCGAGGACAUUGCAGACAGUAUUAUCUUCCUUCUGGGAAUGCCCCAAAGGGUUCAAGUGAACGAAUUGACCAUCACACCAUUGGGCGAAAACCUGCUAUAAUUUUCCUCUCUCAAGAAUAUUAUCCGCAAUACUUGAAGAAAUCAUCCUUUUAAACGAAAUGCAUGAACGUUUUGCCAGUGUCAACAGAAAUGUUAUAACCUGUUGUAUAAUUCCUGAUAAUUAAAGAACUUAAUGAACAA